AUGAUUACAAUAAUUAUUAUUUUGUUAAGUAAUAAUGAAGCAAAUUAUAUAACAUUGAAUAUCAACAUUCCAGGGAUUUGUAAACAAUGCAAAAAUUAUAAAUUAAUGAAACAUUUUAAAGAUAAUGAAAUCAAAUAUAAAUACCAUGAAGAAAAUAAUCAUUUCAAUCCAUUUGAAUCAUAUAAUCGUUAUUAUAUUGAUCUUUCAUUAUUUAAUUUUUAUAAUUACAUCAAUAAUCAAAAUGAAUUUAGAAAUUUUAGAAAUUCAUUGUCAUUUAUUCUUUAUUUUAAUAAACCAAUAAUAGAUAGUGAUUAUGGUAUAAUGGCAUCAAAAUGUAUUAACUAUCAAAUUAAUAAAAAUCUUUAUAAAAUAUUGCUAGAAGAAUGUGAGAUUUUACAAAAUAACAAAAUAAAUAAUGAAUCGUGUUAUGAUGAUGAUAAUAAUUCUGAAAAUUACCCAUCAUCUUUAGAUACAUUAGAAACAUUUAUUGAUGAUGGGGACAUAGGCGAUAUCAAUGAAAUUUUAAUUAACAAUAAUGCAAACAACUAUAAUUCUGAAGAAUAUGAAUACUUAAUAAAUCAAGUAUAUAAAAUAUCAAAAAGUAAAUCUGAAAAUAUUAGUAGAUGUAUUCAAAUGAUAUUGAUAUUUCUUUAUCAAAAAACUGAAAGAUAUAUUUUAAAUGUUAACAAUAAUUUUGCAUAUACCAAAUGUAGACAAAAUUUGACAAAUAAAAUAAAAGAAUUAAUUAAACAAACUUUUAAUUCCGAUGUUAUUCAAAAUUUUGUUUUUUCAAUUAUUAUAAUGCUUACUUUCAUUUAUAGAUGGAUUUAA